AUGCCUUCCCAUUUUGAUACUUUGCAAUUGCAUGCUGGUCAGGAAGACCACACCGAAAAUGCCCACAACCCAAGAGCUGUUCCAAUCUAUGCCAGUACCUCUUACGUCUUCAACGACUCCAAGCAUGGUGCUGAGCUUUUUGGUCUUGAAACGCCCGGCUACAUGUACUCCCGUAUCGUCAAUCCAACUGUGGAUGUCUUGGAAAAGAGAAUCGCUGCUCUAGAAGGUGGUGCUGCAGCUUUGGCCGUUUCUUCCGGUCAGGCCGCUCAAACUUUGGCAAUCACAGGACUGGCCCACGCUGGUGACAACAUUGUGUCGACCUCAUACUUAUACGGUGGUACUUACAACCAGUUCAAGGUAGCUUUCAAGAGAUUGGGCAUUGAGUCCCGUUUUAUCGACGGCGAUGAUCCUGAGGACUUCGAAAAAGCCUUUGACAGCAAGACGAAGGCUCUCUACUUGGAAACCAUCGGCAACCCCAAAUACAACGUCCCAGACUUCGAUAAGAUCGUUGCCGUGGCUCACAAGCACGGUAUUCCAGUUGUUGUCGACAACACUUUCGGUGCAGGUGGUUAUUUUGCCCAACCGAUCAAAUACGGCGCCGACAUUGUCACACACUCUGCUACCAAGUGGAUUGGUGGCCAUGGUACUACCAUUGGUGGUAUAAUCGUGGACUCAGGCAAAUUCCCAUGGAAACAGUACCCUGAAAAGUUCCCACAAUUCUCCAAGCCUUCUGAGGGUUACCAUGGCUUGAUUUUCAACGAUGCCCUAGGCUCUUUGGCCUAUAUUGCCCAUGUCAGAGUCGAGCUUCUAAGAGACUUAGGCCCAGCUCUCAACCCGUUUGCUGCGUUCUUGUUGCUGCAAGGUGUUGAGACAUUGUCUUUGAGAGGCGAGAGACACGCUACAAACGCCCUAAAGCUAGCUCAUUACCUCGAGAGCUCGCCUUAUGUCGCUUGGGUCUCUUAUCCAGGUUUGCCUUCCCAUUCUCACCAUGAAAACGCCAAGAAAUACUUGACAAACGGUUUCGGUGGUGUUCUUUCCUUCGGUGUCAAGGAUCUGCCAAACGCUGCCAGCGAAACCGAUCCUUUCAAAGCUUCCGGUGUACAGGUAGUCGACUCUUUGAAGGUCGCUUCGAACUUAGCCAACGUGGGCGAUGCCAAGACUUUGGUCAUCGCUCCUUACUUCACAACUCACCAACAGCUUUCCGAGGAGGAGAAAGUGGCUUCUGGUGUCAGUAAGGACUUGAUCCGUGUCUCGGUCGGUACCGAGUUCAUUGACGACAUCAUUGGUGACUUUGAGCAAGCUUUCAAGAAGGUUUUCAACGAUAGCGCUUAA